AUGGGGAAAACAAUCAAAGUAAUUGGAUGUGCUGGAGCAGGCACUCUGCUUAUAGUGCUGCUGCCUCUCUGCCUGAUCCAAAAUUAUGGUCCGCCUGGUGGUAAUGUCUCCCACUCAAUGGUCACCACUACUCCUCCACCAUCUACUCUCGCCCCUUUGGAAUCUGGAAAAGAUGCGAUGAUGCGACUGCACCGGCAGAAACGUUACCUGCUCUUCCCGGAGGGCUCCUCCUUCCAGCUGGUCUUCGACAUCAUCAUACCCAUCAUAGACUACACCAACUACGCCAUCCUGGGCAUCACCUGCUCCGUGGCCUGGGAGCUGCCCAGUAAGCCGCCCAGCGAGCUGAUUGAAAACGUGCUCACGCGCAUCAACGACGGCACCAUCGGCACUGUCCGCCGGAAUGGCAGCGUCUCUGUCCCCGACUCCAGUCCGGAGUUGGACCCUCAAACCCAGUCGAAAGUCCAAACCCCUUCCCAGUAUCUCGAUCUGGACAAUCGAGCCAAAGCCACUGGUAAUUGGCAGGCAGUGCACGCACCGCCAGCGAAUCCACCGGCAUAUGCGGCCAAUGAGCAGGACUCCCAUUCCCACUCGUACUACACGAAUAUCCAACGCAUCCCGGCCGCUUACCCAUAUGCAAAUGCGAAUGCGGAUGCAAAUGCAAAUGGACAGCAGCGGCAGGCGCUAUUUCCAGCUAAUUGGCAUGCGCGUCAGUCGUUGGGAAGGUGGCAGCAGAGGGGGAAGGGGCAGGCAGUGGGUGCGGGGUCAAGAGCGGGAACGGACAACUGGUGGACGCGGAACGGGCAGCGGGUUCAGCAGAACUGGCAGGAGAAGCAGCUCAAGUGGGGCCCUUCGAAGUGGGACUCUGGUUACUCUCAAAGACCUCGACAAGUGCUACGAACACCGCCCAAACAUCAUAUAUACCCAGUUUUUGCAAGGCGCAGAAGACGAAGAAGUCUGGAACAGGAUCCCCACUUCGAGCGACUCCACCUGCAGCAGCAUCUUAGCUCCAGGCAGCUGCUCUUUGGCAAAAUCGAACGUCUGUAUAAGUCGCGACGACUGAAUGGCACCUCCUGUGUGCAGCGAGCUCUCUGCGAAUCCGCCCAAAGGCAGCAGAGGCUUCAAGGAACCAAUUUAGCCCAACCACAAAGCUUUAUAAUGGAACUACUCUCGGCCAUCUUCCAACUGCCCAGCAGCGAUGACGUGGCGGAGCCAGGGGAAUUGGAGCUAAUGAUUUCCCCUCAUUAUCUGGAGGCCCAUCGACAGAGGGGCGACUGUCGACAACUCUACGGUGAUUGCAAUCACACAUUCUGGUUGGAAUAA